AUGAAGAAACUGGGGAUAAUCAUUGUAAUGGCGGUGGCUGCAGCGGCCUUCAAAGAUGGCAGGCUAUCGCCGCUAGAAGACUUCCCGCCGUAUCAAGGAAUCCGCCAGCAUCCGCCAUUCCACGAGCAGCAUCAGCCAUUUCGAGAGCAACCGUUCAAAACGCAAUCGUAUCAAUCGUUCCGACAACGGCCCUAUCGACAAGACAUGUCGUCUUACAGCGAGCAGCCAACGUUCAGAGACUACCCGACUUCAAAGAGUCGACCGUUUUACGCAGACGGGCCGUCGUCCUAUAGAGACACGCCGGACAUGAAGAACCAGCCGCCAUUUUAUUUAGACGGACCUCCAUUCGCGGGUCAGCAGUACAGAGAACCGACAGGUUUCAGGGAAACUUUGCAGGACGACCCGAUGCCCAGCAAGUAUCCUUAUCAGAGGGAAUCGUUCCCGAACGACUUCCGGUUCUCCGAUUUAUACAAAGAGCAAGAACAACCGGGGCCGCAAUCUUUUGGCAGGGAUUCGGAGUACCUGAAGCACGGGAACCACGGACUGGGGUAUGUGUCCGUGCCGCCGGUUUCUCCAUACGAGAACGCUCUUCCGUUGAAUGACGAUUCAUCCAGCACGAUGGCGCCGACGACUGCUACGACGACCACCCAGAAUCCCUCGCAGCUCUCGACCGCCGCCGAGAACGCUCAGGCUAUCACGCAGCUUCACACGUCCCCGACUUCCGCGCCGAUUACGGCUUCGCACUCUGCGACAAUGUCGAGCGUGAAAUUCGAUACGCUGGCUGACGUCGCAGCCAGCAGCACCUCCGCAACGACGAUCUCCACGAUACCAGCGGCAUCGGUCACCUCGAAGCAAUCUUCGAACUUGACUCUACCGCCGACAGCGGCCAGCUUACCUGUCGUGGCCACGGAAUCUCCAAUCAUAUCCUUCGGCAGACACACACUUUCCCCAGCCGAGUACCAAUCAGCGAAGUUCACGGUCCCCGGCUCCUAUUACGUCACCAGCGGGAUGAAGAACAAGUUGCAACAUUCGUUCCUCAAUUAUCUGCUGGGACAGCAAGGAAAGACCACGCUGAAAAGCGGCGACCACAACCCGUUACUGAACUACGCGGCCCUCCCGGGCAUGGUGAACAACAGUUUGAACAGGAUCCAGAGCCCGGCGUUGAACUACGUGCUCCCGGACGAGCCGAAGUCCGCGUUAAAGGACAACUUGCAGAGUUCCCUGCUGAACUAUCUGCUGCAACAGGACUCGGGCCGCGGCCUGUCCAUUCAAGAAUCUUCGCUGCCCGAAACUGUGAGUUACUUGCCAGUGAGUAACACGCUGCCCGAGAGACCGAAGCUCUCGCUGCCAGCCAGCAUCCCGAUGACGACAUUGUCAACGGUUUCCCGGCCGCUGCAGUCUAUAAAUUACGUUCCCACGACGAUACCCAGGCUCUCCGCCUUCAUGACACAAGACUCGCCGACGUCGACCACUCUUCCCUUAGCUUCGUCUCUGGGCGUUUUCGGUGCGGGCGCAGCGUUGCCGUCGAACUUGGGGACGAGUAUCCCGGAAAGUCAGUCCACGAGUAUAUUCAACAGUUAUCCUGGAGGGCUGAGCGGCGGCAUAUCUGCGGGCAUACCUGGCAGUAUGUCAGCGGCCCUUCCCGGCAGCCUGCCCACUUUGAACUUAGGCCAGAAUUUCCAACAUGUAGGCCAGCUGCGUCAAUUUGGAGCGGCAAGUAGUCAGCCGCUCUCCUACUCUACAGGAUUGCAGCUGCAGCUCGGUGGCUACGGCGGGAUAGAUUACGCCUUACGGUCGAGUAAUCCUGCCCCACGGCCGCUGGAGCUCGGGAUCGCGAAGGUGGGCUUAAGUUUGCCGGAAUUACCGCGACACCAGCUUCCCACGUUCUCCAAGAUGAGUCUGGAACAUCCUAUGUGGUAG